GUGUCAAUGGCUCGAUCAUCACGCCCAAAGUUUUUGUUCUCCUCUCGUUAAAACCUUCACAUUUGUCACAGUACCUUCCUUGUUUUGUUUUUUCUCUCUUUCUCUGGGAUUCGUUUUUGUUAUUUAAACACUUGCAUCAUCUUCGAUCGAUUGAGUUUAUCAGAGAAGAAACUAGAGAAAAUGGCUAUGGCUUCGGAUCGGAUCGUCGUUUCCCCUUCUUCUUACGUUUAUCGUCCUUCUCAAGCUCGGGGAUCCAGAUCUUCCAGAGUUUCCAUGGCUUCUACGAUUCGCUCUGAUACUACGGAAGUUACGAAUGGAAAGAAACUGUAUAUCCCUCCUCGUGAGGUGCAUGUCCAAGUGAAGCAUUCUAUGCCACCACAAAAGUUGGAGAUCUUUAAGUCCUUGGAAGGAUGGGCUGAUGAAACACUCUUGCCUUAUUUAAAACCUGUUGAGAAAUCGUGGCAGCCGACCGAUUUUCUACCAGAAGCUGAGUCAGAAGGAUUCUAUGACCAAGUCAAGGAGUUAAGGGAAAGGUGUAAGGAACUUCCCGAUGACUAUUUUGUGGUGCUUGUUGGGGAUAUGAUCACAGAAGAGGCACUUCCAACCUACCAGACAAUGUUGAACACCUUGGAUGGAGUUAGGGAUGAGACAGGAGCAAGUCCUACUCCUUGGGCGAUAUGGACGAGAGCUUGGACUGCUGAAGAGAACAGGCAUGGAGAUCUUCUUAACAAGUAUCUUUAUUUGUCUGGUCGAGUAGACAUGAGGCAGAUUGAAAAGACAAUUCAGUACCUGAUUGGUUCUGGAAUGGAUCCGAAAACUGAAAACAACCCUUACUUGGGUUUCAUCUACACUUCCUUUCAAGAAAGAGCUACCUUCAUUUCCCAUGGAAACACUGCCAGACUGGCGAAAGGUCGUGGAGAUUUGAAACUUGCGCAGAUAUGCGGGACCAUUGCUGCUGAUGAGAAGCGCCAUGAGACUGCUUACACCAAGAUUGUGGAGAAGCUCUUUGAAAUUGACCCUGAUGGCACGAUCUUGGGAUUGGCUGAUAUGAUGAAGAAAAAGAUCUCAAUGCCUGCUCAUUUAAUGUAUGAUGGGCAAGAUGAUAACCUGUUUGAGCACUUCUCAACCGUUGCCCAGAGGCUCGGCGUUUACACUGCCAAGGACUAUGCUGAUAUUCUGGAGUUUCUUGUUGAACGGUGGAACGUUGAGACUUUGUCAGGCCUUUCUAGUGAAGGACACAGGGCCCAGGACUUUGUCUGUGGACUACCUGCGAGAAUCCGCAGAAUUGAAGAGAGAGCUCAAGGGAGAGCUAAAGAAGCAGCCAAAAACAUACCAUUCAGCUGGAUUUUUGGUCGAGAGAUCAGGGCUUAAGUAAACAAUUCUGCUGUUUCAAAUUAUCCAAAGUAAGCCAUAAAGUUCUUCACCAACAUCUCACCGAUGACGGACCAGUUCUAAGACCACGAAAGUUCAUUUGAAUUUGUUUUGUUUUAUACGGAACAUUGUAGAUAAAGUUAUGUGGUUAGGUUAUGUUUCAUGUUUGAAUCAGUCAAAGACCAAAAACAGCUGUUUGAGUGUUCGUCGUAGUGAUAAUGUCUGGUUACCUAGAACAAGACUUUAAAGUUUGCUUUUCGUUUUUGAUUAUCUUUUUUUUUGUUGUUGUUGUAUCAGUACUAAAUAAUGUCCUCUCAUAAGUAAAUAAAUGGUCGGUAAAACUCAACCAUUUUCUCUCU